AUGAAGGAUGAUGAUAAACCAUGUCAAUCUGACUUUCGACAAAGUCGUUUGAAAUUUGGUUCAAAUUUAAUGUCGUCUCUGAAGCCUACAGUAUUCAAAGUAACAAACCAUGAUGACUCAACUAUUCGUCGUUUCAUCAUGCCAACAUCCGCCCCAUCGUGGGAAGAGCUUUCAACAAAAAUACGACAAGUCUUUGAAAUUCAAAACCAAAUUCGAAUUGGCCUGACGUACUUGGACGAAGAAGGUGAUGUUAUUACUCUUAGUUCGGAAAAUGAAUUACAGGAAUUUUAUGACGAAAGAGAAUGCUCGAUGCAAGAAAAUCAUGGAGAAUUGGUUAGACAAGAAAUUACAAAUUUUGAACAAGAAAGUAAUCCUACUAUCGCUAUAGCAAAUAAUAAUGUUAGAAAAUUUGGACUAAAGAUUUAUUAUGCAAAAGAACAAAUUUCUGAUAAUGAAAUUGAAAGGGAUGACGAGAAGCAAGAUGGGCUCAAUUGUGCCCAACAAUAA